UGGUUUGAACCGUUUGUCCUCAGAGCUUGGGACCUUUAAUACCAAGUAGAGUAGAACUCGACGGUGCCGAGACAGUGUCAGUCUUCUUUUCUAGAGACUUCUGUGAGCUGGAAGCCAGGAUGCCUCUAAAUAAUGAGCAACCCACUUCCACUUCCAGAAGUGAGGACCAAGGAAGUGACGCGGAGUCAUCGCUGGCCAGCGACCUGGACUGCUCCCGGGACAGCUUCAACAGCGACAGCUCCAGCAAACACUGCACGCCCUCGUCGAGUCCGCCCAGAAUACUUCCUCGAGACGAAGUCAUGGAGGCCGGGCGAGACCUUUUCAAUCUCAAACUCGUACAUGAGAUUGUCGUUGGAGACGUCCGCGCGGAGCUGAGUCAAGGACCACAGAACAGUUUAUGGAACAUAGUGAGACAGAAUCUCUUCAAGGCCUUUUGGGACAAACUGGAGACUGAGCUGAAUGAAGACCCGCCUGAAUAUCAGCACGCCAUUAAACUAGUGGAGGACAUCAGAGAGAUCUUGCUGUUGUUCCUCAACCCGGGUGCCAAUCGAAUGCGGACCCAGAUCAUGGAGGUGCUGGACAUGGACCUCAUUCGUCAGCAGGCUGAAAACGACGCCUUGGACAUCCAGGGACUCGCAUCGUACAUCAUUUCCACAAUGGGGAAGCUGUGUGCACCAGUGAGGGACGAAGAGAUCCGGAAGCUACGAGAAAGCACAGAUAACAUAGUUACAUUACUGAAGGAGAUAUUCCGAGUUCUGGACCUGAUGAAAUUAGAUAACGUCAACGGUACAAUUGAAAUCCUGAGGCCUCUUCUGCAGAGGAACGGAGUUGAAUACCAGAGGCAACUUUUUCAGAGCAUCCUGGACGAUCUACCCGCUGCUUUAAACCGCACCACCGCCUGGAUCCAGUCGGCGCUGGAGGAGCUGCUGCUGGCCAGCGUCCCUCCAGAGAAACCUGAUGAUGCCGGUAAAGGUCAGCCGCCACUUCCUGGUCCCAUCCAAAUCCUGAAUGCUGCUUGCCUGCGCUUUCUCACAUGGGACUUUUCUAAGACACUGGUUCCUGAGACUUGGGUGAUGGACGAAUACCGUCUAGAGGAGAUUCAGCGGCAGCUCCGGCAGUGGGAGACGGUGAACGAAGUGCUGCUUAUUGUGCACAGCAAAAUUGGGGGGCCGAUCUGGGGGGCCUCCUCGCUCUCCGACCGCCUGAAAAGGAUGAUCAGUGUUCUGUUGGAGGGCAUGCACAAACCGGACUUUAACCUGGAAGAAACACUAGAGGGCGUCAGUGCUCAGGUUUGCAGUGAGCUCAACAAGUCUCUGACUGAGAGAAACUGCCCUGCGCUGACCCCAGAUCAGCAGGCGACCCUCACAGGACAGAUCUGCAGCAUCAGCCAGAAGGAGAAUCCCAUUCGCACUCUUGUCGAGGAUCGUGUGCAGCAGUACUUCAUGUUGCUCCUCUCUGACCCCAAAAACCAGACCAAGCUUGAAGAAGUGUCAGCCAGCCUGACUGCCAUCAAGCCCGAGCUGGUAGCCAUUGGAAAAACAUUCAUCUCUCUGAUUAACUACAACAGGGCCGUCUAUGGACCUUUCUAUAUGGACAUCAUCAGGAAGCUGCUGUUUGGCAGCAGCCCACCAACCCCAAUCCCUCAUCAGCAACAAGCACCAAACUGUCAUGUCUCUCAUGAAUAACCGAAAGUUUUUAGGUUAUAGAGAAAUAUGGGAAUGUGAGAUGAGAAGACGUUAGACCAACUGUCAUUGAUUUAACAGGAACUAAAAGGAAAUCUUAAAUAUGAGAUCAAAAAAUUGACAAAUGGGUAAAUGUUGUUACAUUUUUACAUCCAUUUGUGAUAUUUAUCACAGCAUUCUUGCAGUAAAACAUUUGUCCUCCUUGACUCUUUCAGAACCCAAACUCAGUGUUACAGUACUCCAUUUUCUCAAAGUUAUCCUGACAUCCUAGUUCAUUUCUUUCAAGUCUCCCUUUAUCCUCAGUCCUGUAAAUAAGACAGUAAAGGCAACAGCUUAGUAUCUGCAACAUAUAAAAAGUUAUAAAGCAAUACAAAGGAUGUGCAUUUUCAGAAAUGUAGCAGAGAAGUUUUACAGAUUCCUUCCAUAUACAUGAUGUUUAUUGCUAUAUAAAUACAAAAAAAAGCAUAUUUGAGUGAGUUCUGGUAAAAUUGUACUGUACAGAGUAAGUGCCACAUUCAGUGCUCAGAUUUAUCUGUCAGAACUUGGAUUUCUUUGUUACUUUGGAACCAAGUAUGAGUUUGUGUUACUUGUUUGCAUUAGCAGCUUGGUGUUGGAGUUCUUUAUCAUUGGCCACGGGUUAUGUUUUUACCAGUGGAGUGAUUGUAUAUAGUUUUGUUCUCCCUUCUUCUGUACACUUAAAAUGCAAACUUCUGUGUGUUUUUCAGUAUUUGUUAAAUUUGUUUGUUUGAACAAGUUGAGAAAAAAGGUGCUGACCUUGCAGGAGAUUUUGAUGUUGAAACAUUUCCAGCAGACCUUAAAAUGCACAAGGAAGAGCAGUUUACAGGAAGAUGUGGGAGAUUGAUUUUCUCUGUUACCACAAUUAUUAUAAUAAAACUUGAAUUGUUGAAUCUAUAAAACCAAGUGAAACAAUUAAAUUAAAAUAUUGCAAAUAAUAAAAUGUAAGAUGGAAAACAGCUUUUAUACAUCCAACAAAUUUAUUCUUUGUUUAAAUGAAACAAAAAACUGAGACACAGUAACUAAGAUGAUAUUUGGAGGAGCUAAGAUAAGAUGUUAGAUCUAAAAACACUGUACCAAAUAUCACACAUGACAGUAUAGCAGCAUCAUUCUGUGGGUAUGUUUUUCUGCCACUUUCAUCCACUUUCAUAAAGUGGAUGGAAUAAUAAACGAUGAUGCUUUUAUAUUCUUUAAUAUUACCUAACAAAGUUCACAAAUUGUGAUUUAAAACACUCAUAACCUUUGCAUAAAGCUUACCAAUGUCAAGCAUGAAGAAGCAUCCUUGCCUAAAACCUAGAAAUAUGUGCACAAUGUUUUAAAAGCAGUUCUGUUUAAAAAGAAAAAAUAAAGGUUUAGGUUUA